UAAUUAUAAAGAUGAGCGAUUUAUUUAUUCUUUUCGUGCUGAACAAGACUUCUAAAUAUCCUGAGGUUUUGCAGCCGAACUGCGGUUGUAAGUAUUCGCAUUGUCGUAGAUGAUGAUGUGGAUCACAAGGCUCCGUUGGAACUUCCGGGGGCGGGUUUGAAGGGGGGGGGGGUCGAGUGGGCGUGUCUUCGUGGCUCAGUGCAGCGGUGUCAUACAGCCUCGCACUGCAGAGACCAGAAAGAGACUCGAACACCGCCGAGAAAGAUGUCAGUUGUUCCACACGGCGGGGGGCGCGCGGAUCCCGGUCACUGUGCUGUCACGACACGUCCACAGCCUUUGCUUUUCGUCUUGUUCGCCACUUCAAUGCACUGGUGAAAUCCUUGGUGGGGCUCCAUCCCCGUCCCCCCUCCUCUUCCGCCUCUUCUUCUUCGCCGUCCCGUCACAAGCAUGGACAAGACGCCAAGCAGUCCACAUCACGGAAGCAACCGCAGCAACUCUUCGUCUUCAGACCGAAGCAACUCGUCGAAAAAACCCGGCGGGCGGACGGGUUCGCCAAGCCCCGGCUCCGGCCCACAGUACGGUCCCACGGGGGCAGGGGGCGGCCGGGGGGGCGCACUGGGGAUCAGCACCGGUUCGCAGCCGCAGCAGCAGCUGGCUCGCAGGCGACAACUGGAGGGAGUUCUCAGCAAAUAUACCAACCUUAUCCAAGGAUGGCAGAACAGGUACUUUGUGUUAGAUCCAGAUUUAGGGCUGCUGCUGUACUAUGUCAACGAGCCGGGAAGGAGCCAGAAGCCGCGAGGGUCCCUCCCUUUGAUCGGUGCCACGGUGACUCCGAGUGAUGAGGCGCCGCACAUGUUCAUUGUCAACUCUGUCAGUGGAGAGCUGUAUAAACUCAGAGCCUCUGAUGCCAAAGAGCAGCUGUAUUGGGUGAGCCAGCUCCAAGCAUGCGUCAGGCGACAUUCUGACUGCAGUGCCAAGGUAAGGAAGAUGAAGGGCUCGGAUGAACACCUGAGUGCUGAAGAAGCGGGGGGAGGACAAGAUGUGCUGGGUCCCACAUCCUCUGGUCGCACCCGAAGCCUGUCCCUCCUCCCGCACCUUACACCAUCUUCAUCGCCAGCUUCUCAGAGGCAACUGGCCCCCACGUCUUCGCCUGGCAACAUCGUCACUAUAACCCACCACAAGUCUCCGGCUGCAGCGCGGCGGGCCAAGAAUCAGUACCCGGGCCGGCUGCUGGAGGUCAAAGAGAUGAUGUCCCAAGCCGAGGGUCAGCAGAAGAACCUCGUCCAGUCCAUUGACACGUUGCCCACCAAAGGCCCCGUCUCCUGCCUGGACCAGGACCUGCUGCUGCUCAAAGCCACGUCGGCCGCCACGCUCAGUUGCCUGGGAGAGUGCCUGAACAUCCUGCAACAGACCCAGAGCCACAACCAGGUGCCACCUCCGUCUCAGGCUACUCAGCGCAACCCAAACGUCCACGGAGCCCGCACCGAUGGCGUUCCUGUGUGGACGGUACCCAGGUCACCCUCAGGACAGCAUCUGAAAAACGGCGGCCUGACUCCUCUGCGCCCCCCCGAGGCUUUGCCAGCCCUCAGGGAGAGGAGCCUGUCGCACGGUGUCCAGCACCAGGCAGGGCUGGCGGACAUCAGCCAAAGUGAGGAAGUGACAGACACAGAGGAAAGCGAGGAGGAGGACCUGGGAGUCCUGGAUGACCAGAGGAGCAUCAUUCUCCACUUGCUCUCCCAGCUAAAACUAGGAAUGGACCUCACUCGGGUGGUGCUGCCUACUUUCAUCCUGGAAAAGCGCUCGCUGCUGGAAAUGUACGCCAACUUCAUGGCCCACCCGGACUUAUUCUUGUCAAUCACAGCUGGAGUUACAGCCGAGGAGCGCAUAGUCCGCUUCGUGGAGUACUACCUGACCUCCUUCACCGAGGGGCGAAAGGGGGCUGUUGCCAAGAAGCCCUACAACCCCAUUCUGGGGGAAAUCUUCCACUGCUCCUGGGAAGUGCCUCGGGACAAAGUCAAGCCUUGGGUCAGAGCGACCCAAGGCUCCUCCCGGGAAUCAGGCAGGGUGGCCAACAACGUGCAGCAUGGUGACAACGUAGCAGGAGGCUGCUACAGAGUCUGCUUUGUGGCCGAGCAGGUGUCCCAUCAUCCGCCGGUUUCCGCCUUUUACUGCGAGUGCAGGGAGAGGCAGGUGUGCGUCAACGCCCACGUGUGGACCAAGAGCAAGUUCAUGGGCAUGUCGAUAGGAGUGUCCAUGGUUGGAGAAGGGGUGCUGUAUCUUAAGGAGCACGAGGAGGAGUACGUCUUCUCGCUGCCCUCGGCCUACGCUCGUUCCAUCCUCACUGUGCCCUGGGUGGAACUGGGAGGAAAAGUCUCCAUCAACUGCGCCAAGAGUGGCUACUCGGCCACGGUCACUUUCCACACCAAGCCUUUCUAUGGCGGCAAAGUGCACAGAGUGACUGCAGAGGUAAAACACAAUCCGACCAACACGAUUGUGUGUAAAGCGCAGGGUGAGUGGAACGGAACCCUGGAGUUCACCUACAGCAGCGGGGAAACCAGAGUGCUCGACACGGCCAAACUCACCGUGACCAGGAAGAAGCUGCGCCCACUAGAGAAACAAGGACGCACUGAGUCCAGGCGGUUAUGGGAACAUGUGACCAAGUCGCUGAAAGAUGGCAACAUGGACGAGGCGACUGAGCACAAACAUGGACUAGAGGAGCACCAGAGGGCGGACGAGAGACGGAGAGCAGCUGAUAACAAAGCCUGGACACCCAAAUACUUCACUAAGGAGGGAGACGGGUGGACCUACAACAAUCCUCUGUGGAAGUCCACCUGACAGUAAGCCCUCGCAUCGCUUGUUGUGGCUCUGGAUUGGGAGGUCACACAUGGGUAGCAGCAGCUUCUUGAAACUCAAAAGCCUAGCUCUGGACUCACUGUCGCCAUGGAGACACAGACAGGAAACAAGCAAUGGUGCCAAAGGGAAUCUCCGCGUGUAACAAAGGACAGCGUUUUGUACGGAAUUGAUAUAGGAUUACUUUUCUUCUAUUUUUCACCUGUGCCGAGGCCUUUUUGCAGUCACACAAUGAGCUCUUGUCAGUGGUGUUUGUACAUCCAAUACAAUGUUUUCUCACGGUCUACUUUGCUCACGUAACAGUAAAGUUAUUUGUAAUGCACUUUUACCAUUGGUGUAGAUAAGACACUUUUGUAAUGUAUGGCUCGAUCAGCCAAUCAGGGUAGUCAUCUAGCAGGAAAUAAGAUAACAAAACCUUGUAAAUAUCAGUCAAUACAAAAUGUACUACAUUAAAAGACCAUGAAGUACAAGGUCAAGUUUUUUUGACGCUACAUUGGUGUUAAUCCUAAACAGCCUUGAUUAUUUUGUCUGCACUUAGAAUGUAUUCAAACACAUUCUCAAUAGUUUCCUCAUUUUAUAUUGUGUGUGUUUGUGUUUUAUUAUUUGGAGUUUAGUCCCGUAAAGGCUUUCCUAUCUUCUUUUUUGAGUGAUUAUAAUAUUUACCUGACACUCCAAUAACUGUCCUGUGGAUGCUGACCUUUAUUCGUUAACGUGUAUGUUAUUUUAUUAUUUUUUUUUAAUAUUGUGACUAACAAAGGAACCUUAGAGGGAAUUUAAUCUUUGAAACAAAACCCAAGAAACACUCACAGGAGGAUUGGAAUUACUAAUAGUCAACAGCUUUCCAUAAAUGAAAACA